AAAAAGAUCCCCCUUGGGCUGCCCGUAAAUAUCCGGGCAUUAACCCCUUAUAUUUCUCUUCCCCUUUAAGAAAUCAAAAGCUUAGCCAUAAUAAACAUCUCUUUCUCAUUUCCCCUCAAAUUCAAAACUCUCCCUCCCCCUCUUUCCCAAAGUCAUUCUUUUUGAUAAAAAAAAGCUCAUUUUCUGCCUGAUUUUACUCAAACAAAAACACAUUUCCCCCUGCUUUGCACUCUUUGUAUUACUCUGUCUUAACCCAUUUUCAUCCAAAACCAACCAUUUCCAAGCUUGUGUUCUCUUUUUUCCCCAUCAAAAUCCCUGCUUUUAAUAAAAAUGGGGUUCUCCAAAAAACCACAACUCGAUGGAGCAUUGGACUCCGAAGGGAAGAAAUGGGUCAUCACCUUAAGGACUUCAUUGAAGCCGAUAAACACGAAGCUGCCCAGAGCAAAAGAAAGCGAAGACAAUGAUGAAGAAGAGUCCACAACUCCAACUUCAAAAGAAGCAAAGAUACCGGAGAAAUUACGAUGCCCUUUAGCCCCAAGGAAGCGUAGGUCCACACUUAGAUGCCAUUAUAAUGGAGUUAGGGAGUUCUUUAGUCCUCCUGAUUUGGAAUCAGUAUUCAAGCUCCAUGCUGUUGAGAAAGCAAACUGAGUUUGAAAACAUGAAAACUAUUCCCCUUUUUUAUUAGACCUGAAACAAGUUUGAGGUUUUCUUAGGUUAGCCAACAUAGUAGGAGAAGAGCUCAAGGUGUAUAAAAGGC